CCUUGGGUGCGAUGAGUAUCAGCCCAGUGCGACCGAGAAAUGGGAUUUAAUUGACUUAUGUAGAGGACGACUCGUGUUGAGUAGCUUUCGUGUUUUUAUCGGUGUUUUAGCUAUCGAGCUAUGGAAUUUUUCAGGACAACCUACUUAACAUGGACAACCUCAUCCCUUCUCCAGCUUCAUUACUCCAAGUAAAGUAACAUCGUCAGGGGGUCACAAUUUUCCUGGCAUCCGUUUUCUUUGCUCUUCCGUUGCUUUUCCAGAGCUUAUGUAAUAUUCAUGCGUCGCCUUCCUGAGGCUUCCAUUGGGCUUCCACAGGCUCGCCGCUCGAACUCGACCCGAGUCGCUGGUAUUUUUUGAAACGACGACUCGGUACUCUUCUACAAUAACGGACAUGUCGUCUGUUUCUGCAUCUGAUCUGAAAGACGAGGGGAACACGCAUUUCGCGUCCAGGCGCUUUGCGAAUGCUGCGAGACUCUACGAAGAGGCUGAAAAAACCGAUAUUGGCAAUGCAAUAUAUCCUUCGAAUCUAAGCGCAGCGCUGUAUGAGCUGGGUAACUAUGCUGGGUCUUACCAGGCGAUAUUACGAUCAGUAAAAUUACUGUCCGCCAAUCCGAAUCCGAAACUGGCAGCAAAACUUUCGUCGAGACUUCCCAAGGCUCUGAGCCAUGGAUUGCGAGAUGGCACCAUCAUGCCGAAAGAUUAUUGUGAGGAGGAAACAAUACUCAAACAACUCAGAGAUGCUGCUUUCGGGGACUCUGAAGGAGCCUGGCAUGAAUGGGAGCGCAUCUCUGGCGAGUAUGACUCCGUCGUGGAACGGGCUAGAAGUGCUCGGGCCAAUUUUGCUUCUCUUCCCAUGGCCCGAAAAUCUGCUCAUUCAGGCUUGGAAUACUUUUGUGUCGGCCACGACCAUCCGAUGUCAAUCUCUAGUGAUUGGGGGCCGAGGACGAAAGGCAGUUCCUUCAAUAUUUGCACCCUGUCCACAGAGCGCCUUUCGCGCCUAUCAUACUUCUGGGGUGGAGGCGGUGAUGCUCGACAUGUUCUGGCCUCCAUCAUUGGUUUCCGAAAGGAUUACGUUAAAAUGACCCCGGAGAAGCGAGAUGCGACCAACGUGCAUUUUACGCUCCUCGAUAUACAUCCCACGGUCCUUGCUCGGGACCUGUGUCUAUUCAUGAUGGUUGAAGAACUCAUUGCCUUGCGGGAACGGGCUCACGAUGAGCUAGAGGAGGUAGAAAUCAAAGCAACCCUUCUAUACAUAUGGAUGGGAGCUAUCAUUCCUUCUUAUUGCCAUGUUAGAUUCUUAAAACUUGUCAGGUCCCUCUUGAGAGACCUGUCCACAUCCUCAUUUCAACCUCCUCACUGGCUACACGUCACCGAGGACUCGAUUCCGGGCAUUAUAGUCUCGUUAAAAUUUUGGCUCACCCAACUAUCUCGUGAAACUGUCCAGGAAAUGAUCCAUCACCACUGCGAUCGACCUGUUGAGAAUCCUUUUUCUUUUCAGGGUGUUCCUUCGGAAUUUAGGGUGGAAGACAAGUGGUACGGAAUCACACAGUGCUUUGUUCCACCAGACACCUUGAGGGUCCGUCAUGAGGCCUUUAGUGCACUCUGGACCAGUCUUUCACAAUUACCCCCGGAAGGAUUGAAGCAAAAGGUGAAUCGGCACAUCAACGCAACUUGGAAACCAAACUCAUCGUUGUUUAAUGCUUUCGACGAAGGCGAUUUUGGGUAUCCGGACGUUGAAUUUCGACCGUUUCAGAUGGUUGAACAGAUCAAGAAUUUCAACAAUCGAAUGGGCUUAUUCAAGGGAAGGAAAAUAAAAAAUGAUUGUCCAGCCUAUUCAGUUACCGAGGUCUUCUUCGAUGCCGUCGUGGACAGUCUCAUAGCACUCAAAGGCCGCGUUUGUAUUGAGCUUUUGCAGGGAGACAUGUGUCAGGAGCUAACAAAAAUGGCAUUCAAUGUCGACAACCGUCCAGCCAACUUUCCGCGAAAGUUCACUCGUAUGUGGCUCAGUAACGUUCCAGACUACACUCAUGGACCGAUGAAUAUUGCCGCAUUUACACUGCCCAACUUAGAACAGCAGUCUGAUGCUUCCGUUGCGUUCAACUGUCUUUUAAAUACAGGCAUUUGGGAAGGCGGGGACCAUUUCAUAUACAAUUAUACACUAUUAAAGUCAAAGGAUUUUGCGCGUUUCUUUGGCUGUCGUGUCAUGGCAGAUAACACCUGGAAUGACAUGGAGCUUUCUGCCAAGCCACUUCCUCGUCCCCUCUCGGAACUUGCUACUCGCCAAGAACUCAUUAUGUGGCUGACCAGAGUCCUGAUUAGCACCAUUCUUCCCCCUCGGCCUCCAAACCCGAGUGUAGUGCUAAGUGGUCGUAUCCGAUAUCCAAACAAUCUAGCAGCCUUCUUUGGCCUCCUCAUGCGCCUCCGUGCAAUUGGGUACCUCACUCAUUGGGUGUCAGAGUUCCUUAAUGACAUCGUUACCGAUAAAUUGGUGACCGAUAUUGUUCCGUACUGCGAUGAUGUCCCGAAUGGUAUUCAUCCGUCCACACUAGAAAAGUGGCGAGGCCCGUGUCGAAGAGUCAAUUUGGACCCAUGGCAGGUUGAGCUAGAGACAAUGAUUGCGUUGAGCUAUGAAGCAACCCCCUUCCCGACCACUGGUUCUCUACGCCAAGACGAUAUAGGCACGUACGAGGCUUCUCUUUCUCCCAACGAAUUUGGCCCUGCUACGCUGAUGGGGAUGUUCGGCAAUCACGAUCCUGUUUUUAAUCUCGUCUUCUACAAGUGCGGGACGAAGGUAGCAAAUAUGAUUCAGCGUAUGGAUCUCGGCGCCAUGAAAGAGAUAUUCGAAAUAGGACAUGGCAAAGGCGAGAUUCAUGUGCUUACAUCCUUAGAUGAAUUUGGCUACAAGAAGCGCAAAGUGAGGUGGAGGAUGGGAAGGAAAGAGUUAAGAAGAUGAAGACAGAGAAAUGGGUAUUCAUGACAUACCGAAUUGACUGUCAUGAAAUCGGUUCUUCCGUGGCUGCCGACAAGUGGGUGGAAGUAGCAAGCUAGAUGUUUGCUGCUGGUUUUAUUGAAGCGUCAAACAUUGGAAUGUCCAUGUAUAUUUGUUGCAUUGCUCUAGAUACUCAAC